GGCGCUCCAGGGACUAGGGCUCUUCGUUCCUCUUCUCCGGGCGCAGCGCCGCCUGGCGAGUUGUGGACCGGCGGGCGGAGCCUGCAGGGGUCUCGGGGCGCACAGGGCUGUCGGGAUUGUCCUCGUGGGUGUCCGCGGUCCGAGAUCACCUCGCGUCUGUCAUCUCUUUCCUUCGCCCUCCGGGCCCCGGCCGUGCGCAUCCGCCGGGUGGUCCGGGGUCUGUGCGGGGGCGGCGCCGCCUCUCCCUCGGGCUCCGCGGCGGGAAUGCGGCUGCUGUGGCCGGCUGGGCAGCGGGCGGCGGCAGCAAGCGGAACCCGGGCGCACUCGUCGCUGGCCGGGACGCCGCCCUGGCCUGCGCUCCGCUCCCGAGGCCGCCGCUGCGCUCCGGGGCCCGGCGCGGAAUGAAGUGCAGGCCGCGCGACGGCGAGCGCCCCGCUCCGCGGCCCCCAGGUUCCCCGCGACCGCCCGUGCCUCGCGUGCUCCGGUGCCCACUUUAGAGCCCCGCACUAGCAGCGUUCGCCGAGGCACAGGCCCGCAGAGCGCACGCUACCCGGACCGGGUCCCGAUCGCAGGGACUCGCCUCCUGGACGCCGCCCCGAGUGCGGGGACCCCGGCACGCUGCAGCGCGCGGGUCGCGCUCCGCAUCGCAGAGCUCCUCCAUCCUGGCCCGUGGCUUUGGCCUCCACGGAACCCGGUCUCCCGGCCUCCCUUCACGUUUCUCCGCAUCCUUCCAACACCCUUCCCGCUGCUCCACCGCCUCCCAUUCAUUGCAUCGGUUUCUCCUUCCCGGCUCGGUUCUUCUCCCCACAGCCUCCCCGGCCGGAGCCCGCCACCCUCUUGGGGUUCUCCGUACAUUCAUGGAAGUUUAGGGCCUGGACCGUGGCCCGGAGUCUGGCCUGAGAGCGCAGCCCGCGCUGCUGGCAGGGCAGAGGAAGAUGUCUGCGCUCAAGCGGAUGAUGCGGGUCUCCAAUCGCUCUCUGAUUGCCUUCAUCUUCUUCUUCUCCCUCUCCACGUCCUGUCUCUACUUCAUCUAUGUGGCUCCAGGCAUCGCCAACACAUACCUCUUUAUGGUACAAGCUAGAGGUAUCAUGCUGAAAGAGAAUGUGAAAACAAUUGGACACAUGAUCAGGCUGUAUACCAAUAAAAAUACUACGCUCAAUGGAACAGAUUAUCCUGAAGGCAAUAAUACAAGUGACUAUCUUGUUCAAACAACAACGUAUCUUCCGCAGAACUUCACGUAUUUACCGCACCUCCCCUGUCCAGAGAAGCUGCCUUACAUGCGGGGGUUCCUCAGUGUCAAUGUGAGUGAGAUCGGCUUUGAUGAAGUCCAUCAGCUCUUCUCCAAGGACUCAGAGAUUGGGCCAGGCGGCCACUGGAGGCCCAAGGACUGCAAGCCCAGAUGGAAGGUGGCAGUUCUCAUCCCCUUCCGUAACCGCCAUGAACAUCUUCCAAUUUUUUUCCUGCACCUGAUCCCGAUGCUCCAGAAACAGCGGCUGGAAUUUGCCUUUUAUGUCAUCGAACAGACCGGCACACAACCGUUCAAUCGUGCGAUGCUCUUUAAUGUGGGUUUCAAAGAGGCCAUGAAAGACAGAGCCUGGGACUGUGUAAUCUUCCAUGACGUGGAUCAUCUGCCUGAAAAUGAUCGGAACUAUUACGGAUGUGGAGAGAUGCCGCGGCACUUUGCAGCGAAGCUGGACAAGUACAUGUACAUUCUUCCGUAUAACGAGUUCUUUGGUGGGGUGAGUGGCCUGACAGUGGAGCAAUUUAGGAAGAUCAACGGCUUUCCCAAUGCCUUCUGGGGCUGGGGAGGAGAGGACGAUGACCUUUGGAACAGAGUUCACUACGCUGGAUACAAUGUAACCCGGCCGGAAGGGGACUUGGGAAAAUACAUAUCUAUUCCUCAUCACCAUCGAGGGGAAGUACAGUUUUUAGGACGGUAUAAAUUACUUCGGUAUUCAAAGGAGCGUCAGUACAUCGAUGGACUGAACAAUUUAUUAUACACACCCAAAAUACUGGUUGAUAGGCUGUAUACAAAUAUAUCUGUAAACCUCAUGCCAGAAUUAGCUCCAAUUGAAGACUAUUAAAAGAAGUCAUUCUCAUGGUGGGGUAGACCACAGUGCUGGAUCAUGAACUUGGCUUGGAGUGCCCUCACCGUGGAAGUUAGAGAUUGGUGUGUAUCUCAGUGUCCCAGUCUGUAAAAAGAGCCAGCAGUCCUUAAUGUUUACAGCGCGGGCUCCAUCCGUCACACUCUCCCACUCUCCCCCUGCUGGGAGCAUCCCCCCAUGGCAAGCACUGUAGAGAUAAGAAUCCAUUGCUUGGGACUGGAAGUGAAGAAAACUCCCUACACAGAGAAGAUUUUUAUACUGAAAUCUAUAAUUUAAUUCAAGAGAAUGCUUUUAUUUCCGUUCAAACAUAUUUUGUACAUAUGUGAUGUAAAUUAAAUGUGUUCAAAUUGUUGGAAAAUAAGAUGUCACAAUUUUGCAUGUAAUUGGUUAUGCCUUCAUUGGACUUUUAUAGACAUUUUUUAUUUGCAUGGGGAAAAAUGUAAAUUUAUGUCGCCAAACAAAGGUUAAGCCUUGUGUGAAAUGAAGGGACUGUCAGCGACAAAGAUAAUAUAGUAACCGUUCUGUUCUACUGGUAUUCAGCUUUAGACCUUCAGCCUCAUGGGAGGAGUUACGGUCCUCUGAGGGCUUUGAAGGAAGGAAGGACUUGCAGAACUUUUCUUUCUGCCAAGAUUACCUGUUUUGUUUUGUCUAGUUUUUUCCUUGCUUGCAGUCUCAUCAGAUCUUGCCAAGUCAACAGCCAUAUUGUUUAUGCAUACUGCAUGAGUAUUACCAAGAAAACCUUCACAGUUGUAAAGUGACGUCCUGUACAGGACUUCUUCAUGUUAAAUGUCUCUAUGUACCUCCGCGUGUCAGGGAUCUUGUGCCUCAAAAAAAUGUUCCCAAGGUUGUGUUUAUACAUGGUAUAUAUUUUUUUUUCAAUCUCAUAAUGAACAACAUUAUUAUUCCCACCUUAGAAGAACCAAAAGAGGGUCUCUUCUUUUAAAAAAUUUUUUUUUGAAAGAAUGACUUUAUGGAAAAUUCAGUAGUGCUUAUACAGAUGAAUUAUACUAUUAGAUUUGAGAUUUAGAUGCUCUAUUUUUAUGAAGAUAAAUGCUUAGAUUAAAACAAACUUCAACUUUAAUUCUCAGAUAUACAUGGUUCCCUUUCAUAUCAGCUAGUCAUUCCAACUGCUUUUUUCACUUUUAAGAAAUCUCUGGUGUUAUCCAAUUUUUUUUUUCACUACAAGUAUAAUUGAAUGCAUUCCCCCACCCCACCCCCCACCAGCAUGGUGCUGGGAAUUGAACUUAGGGCCUAUAGACUUACCUUAAAAUCAUUAAUUGAAUGUGUGGGUACUGUGACUUCUGCUCAUCCUCCACACUUGAGUGAGGUUUUCAAUGACCAGACAACAGCAAAGCCCAAAUCAUGUUCUUACUUUGAAAAUUAUUGAUAUAGAUAUUCUUGAAAAAUAGCCUAUAUUCACAUGUAAGAUCUUAUCUCCCAUAUUUAACCAAACUUUAAACAACAUUGUCUGUCAAGUGAUCUAAGAGUGAGAGAAUUCUGGAUGUGAGAAAGUUUGCUCCCCUUGUCUAAUGUUGAGAGCUUAGCUUUCAAUUGUCAUUGUCUGUCAUAGUUUUGGUAAUGCUGAUGACCACAAUCCAACCCCUACAGUAAUAAUUAAAAUCCUUGCACCGGAGAAGACAGAUGCCCUGUCGUGACAGCCAUCUUUCCAUGUUUAUUCUUAGAAGUGCUUCUAAAAUAUUUACCUCCCAACUUUUUUAGCUACUCAAAAGAGUGAAAAAAAAAAUCACAACUUCUGGAGAUGAAGAUUUUUGUAUGUUAUCCGUUUAUGUUUUGUCUCCUGUAGCUAAUGAAGUGUUUAAUUUGACGGAAUGACAGCAGAAUGUAAUGUUAAGGCAGGCAGGUGAGGCAGGGCUCUCUGGUCCCUCCUGACAGUGCUGUGGGAAGCUGUGCCAUGUGGAAUCUUAUUGGAGGACACACACUUUAUACUGUGGCGGGCUGUCCACAGUGGUGUGCCUUUUGCAUUGAUGCCAUAGUUCACAGUUUUAGGAAAAUUCAGAACUGGUCAUCUGCCUUACUCUCUUAGGUUAAGUCUGGUGUUAUUAUGGCUUCAGCAAUUGGGAUGUAAGUAAUUUUGCUGUAUCUUUGGGUUGCAUCUGGAAUGUCAGCUUGUGAGAACCGCCUUUUCUAAUUCAGACCUGGAAUUCUUUUCAGUAAUGAAUAGUGACCUGGGUAUGUUCCCAUGGAUGACAGUUUUGCCUAGUUACCAUGACCACAUGACAAUAAAUCUCUUCCUUACAUAUUAGCACAAGCAGGCAGUCUGAUAGAAUCAAAUCUGUUUGGUGGCUUUGCACUGGGUCUGUUUCCCAUCCGUUGCCUGGCUAACUGUGGUAUCUAAAGGCGGGUUUUUGUCUUUUUGGUUUUUUUGUUUGUUUGUUUGUUUUUUGUUUUUUCCUAAACAACUUAAAUCAAGGAAGUUGAAACGUAUCUCGAAUUAGAAAGAACACCCUCUGGUAACUUAUGUGCUGGUUGUCUUAGUCUCAAACCCAGUGUGAUCCCAGCUGCUAGGAGGACCUCAUGGCGUUGGGGACAUGAUAUGGUGCCUUUGAACUAAAGAAAGAAAUCAUGGCUGAUGGGGAGAAAGUGCCCACAUUCAUUGAUUUCCUACAUUCGAUCUGAUUUUCAAUGAAGUUGUCAUUUAAUUCUUUGCCAAAACUAGGGUUUCAAUGAGGUGGCUUCUACAGCCUCCUCUUUAUAUUUAUUUUCAGUUGUAGACCCUUGAGAUGGCUCAGGGUAUCAAGGUGCCUGUACCAAAUGUGACAACCUGCAUUUGAUCCCUGGGACCCACACUGUAGAAGGAGAGACCUAUCCUUGCAUAGUAUUCUUAGACUUCCAUAUGUGUGAGCACACACAUGUACACACACACACACACACACACACAGCAAAUUAAAAGGUAAAAUUUUCUGUUUGUGUUUUAUAGAAAGGUGUUCAGUAGGUAAAUAUUUAUGAGAUUUAAGUACAAAAUUAUCUAUUAAAAAUUCCUAUUCCAGCCAGUCGAUGGUUGUGUAUGCCUUUAAUCCCAGCUCUCUAGAAGCAGAGGCAGGUUCUCUGAGUUCAUGGUCAGCCUGGUCUACAAAAUGGGCUACACAGAGAAACCCUGUUUAAAAAAAAAAAAAAAAAAAAAACCAAAACUCCUAUUCCAAUUGAUACUGAUAACCAUUGUAAAAGGAAAUGGAAGCAUUGCCAGUACAAUAUUGUCCCUUUGGAGAUCCCUGGGGGGAAGCAGAUUUGUGUCAUUGUAUCUGUCCUGUCUCUUUAUGUACCUUUCAGAUGAAUAACAGAUAAAUAACACUCUAGGUUUCUUGCCUUGGGUUUGCAGAUUUGUAAUUUGAGAAGCAAAGUGUCACGGUGUUUUUUUGGAAGGUGGAAGUGUACUUAAAAUUAUUUAUUAUGAUAUGGAAUACUUCUAUGUAAGUGCAUUGACGUAAAUGCUAGUGAUUUCUUGCUGUCUUUUUUUUUUUUUUUGUCUUGUUUUGCUUCUCAUGGACAUGUUUGUACUUUUUUUAUCAUUGUCUUUUAUGAAAUAUAAUGUUCUAAAGA